AUGGAAAUCGUUCAAUCAUUUUUCUUUCGAGCGAGUCAACAACAACAAGUGAAUGUUGAAAAUUUAAUUAAUGAACAAUUAUCAUCAGAAACAAUUGUUGAAAUGAAUAUUUUUAUUCAAAUUGGUCAUUUAGUUAAACAUCAUCCACAAGAACAACUUUAUUAUUAUCAAUCUGCAUUACAAAUGUUACCAAUAACAGAAACAAUUCUUUUAAAAGUUGCUUAUUGGGCAAUUCGAAUGAGAUGUGUUUCGAGUGUAAUCGAUUGGACAGUUUUACCUUUACAUAUGUAUCGACAAACAGUUCUUCAUUUGAAAGAUAAUCUGAAAAAACAACUUUAUUAUGAACUUGCUCGAAUUGAUGAAGCGCGAGGUUUAUUUCGUUUAUCAAAACAGGAUUAUGAAGACAUUUUACGAAUUAUCGAUGAUAAUCACGAAAGAGAACUCGUUGAAGAUGAAAUUAAACGACUCGAGAAGAAAGGAGAAGAGAGAAAAUCAUUUGUUUUUCAAGAUCAAGUUGAAUAUUGGAAUUCAUAUGUUUCAAUAUUAACAAUGAAAGAACGAACACAAAUAGAUCGUCAAUGUAGAUUAUUUUUGGAAUCAUUGAUCGAUAUUCAUUGUUCAAAUUCUGAUUUCUUCGAAGAUAUUUUAUCUAAAGUUCAUUCAAAUGAAUUUAUCAAUGAGAAUUUCAAUUCUUCAACAUGGAAAUCAGAUGAUUCAUCAAGUUUACAUUUAAUUAUUAAAACUUUAACCGAUAAACCAUUAGAUUUAUCUAUUGACAAAGACAUUACAAUUCAACGAUUGAAGGAAAAGAUUCGUUGUAGUUUUGAUAUUCCAUAUCAUUCAAAAUAUGAUUUUCAUCUUUUUCAUUUGGGAAUUUAUCUUAAAAAUGAAGAGAAAUUAAUUAUUGAUUAUAACAUAGAUAAUCAUUCAAUCAUUUAUCUUAUUCACGGUCCGUGUAUUCGAGAUUCAGCAAUGAAUUAUUUAGCACAAGAUCUCCAAGAUGAUACUGGAAUAACAAUUAAUGAUAUCAAUCGAGCACUCAGAGCCGAACAAAAUCGAGUACAUCGAAUAAUGUAUCGAAAUCAGAAACAUCUGGAAAUUAUAUUGAAGUUUACUCAAACCGGAUGUCAAAAUGAAUCUGAAUUCUUUCAAGAAAUGUUUCUCUUAAGUCAGACUGAUGACGAUGAUGAUGCUGACAGUCAAAAUAUUGCGGAUAUGUCACAAUCCUUAGCUGAUGAAUAUUUACAACAUAGUGGACCACAAAUAUCUGUAUUUCAAUUACUGAAUUUAAUCACUAAUUUUCAUCCUCAAAGAGAAUCUUAA